CUUUGAUUCCGCGGUCUCCCUCUCUCGCGAUGACGGUGCCAGAUCUGCGGCUGGACCCUUCCAUUCGCUUCUGGAUUUUGCUGCCGGUGGCCUGGAUCGCGCUGGCUGUGGGGAUUCUGCGCCUGCGCGUGGCGAAGUUGCUGCGCGGCGAGCGCGAGCCGGCCUGGCCUGAGCAACGGCAAGACACGCAAAUUUUGACUCGCAGCCGCCUCUUGAGAGAAAAUGGACGGUUUCUAACUCAUCAGGGUUUUCUUAUGCGCAAGCAUUACUUCAAUAAUUCAGAGAAUGGCUUCUUUCGCAAAACUAAACGCAAACUGCAGUCCCGAAACCCGCUGACAGAUCCCACAAUGGUUACAGAGAUGAUGAAGGGCAACCUUAUAGAUGUUCUGCCUAUGAUUCUCAUUGGAGGCUGGAUCAACUGGGCCUUCUCUGGCUUUGUGGCUACUAAGGUUCCCUUCCCCCUGACCCUGCGAUUCAAGCCCAUGUUGCAGCGUGGAAUUAACCUGCCUUCCAUGGAUCCCUCGUGGGUGAGUUCGGCCUCCUGGUAUUUCCUCAAUGUCUUUGGACUCCGAAAAAUAUACAAACACGUUCUGAGAGAGGACCCUGAGCCAAGUCAGCUAUUGCUUGAAGUUCAGCUCAUGGGCUCAGAUAUCCCUGCUCCACCAGAUCCCAACAAGGCCUUCAAAGCUGAGUGGGAAGCCUUGGAAUUGGUCUCUCACCACUGGGCACUUCAGGAUGUUGAGGAACAGCUGAUGUCACAGGACCUCAAGUUGACCCAGAUGUCCAGGCCAGACUGAGCUCUAUCAGUCCACUCUGGAGUACAGUCCUAUGGGAAAGGCAGUGCCCAGAGACAUUCUGUUUAUCACUGUGAAUUGGUGGCCAAGGACCACUUAUUGUGCAUGGUGUGCUAAAGUUGUGAAGCUGUGCUUGGUUUAAAUGGUAAAAGAUACUGACAGCACUGAAAAUCAAUGAUCAGCAGUCUGAUCAGGAAAGAGCUUUAGAAACCUUGUGAAGAGCUGAAGCAUGGAAUAGUGUCUGCUUCCAUUUCCUGGUGUGCAGCAAGAGAAAAAAAAAUGUGAUAAGUAUAUUUGGAGGCUUCAGGUAGUAAUUUAAUGUAUAUGGUAUUGCAGAAUACUGGGUAAUAAACCAAGAUAGCUGCAACUUCUCUUGCUCAAUUAUUAUUUGUUCAGGGGCAGAUUCUAAGAGGUGCUAAAUAGACUCCCGAGUUUAAAUACUUUUUAACACCGCACUGAAAUAACUCUUUUGUGGGCACUAGAGUAUCUCCAGCAAAAGGGAGAUCUAGAUUGCAACUCUUAGGAGCUACAAUUGCCUGAUGUCAGCUGAGAAGCUACCAGAUGUGGAUGUUCUUAGUUUGUACUGACCGAAGCAAAACAGAAAGAAGGCAAAUCUUUACAGACCUUGGUUCAAAGCCCCGCCCCGCAAAGGGAAAUAAAGCAAGGCAAAAGUGUAAUGUGUGUGCAUCCUGUAAGGGAUAAUACCGAGGGGAAAAAGAGAGGCCAUAUGCCUUUUAAAAGAAGUUACUUUAUGUACACAUGCCAAAAAAUAUUUUCUUCUGCAAGAUAACUUCAAGAGAAAUAAAAGCUCAAAGAGUUACGUGAAAGAAUAUUCUUCCAAACUCUUUAAGUAAUUAAAUGCACUAUGUGCUCCUGCCAACAGUGAGUGUCCUGUGCUUGAUCAACACUGCUUCCUGCUGUAUUCUAUCCACUGCAUUGCGCACACAAACCUAUUUACAAACUAGUGCAAUCCCUGAGCCUAGAAGUAGCAACAGCAGUGGCAGCAGAGACUCAGAUAAAAGGGAAGAAUUCCGAAGUUUUGCUCGAACAGGGAUACACCUGGUAGGUAUCAGGCCAACUGAAAAGAAACUUCAAGAGCUGGUAGUCAAUUUUCUCCUACAGUCCUUAGGCUGAAGGGAACUGCAACACAGUAUAGACUGAAAAAAAUGGCUGUCUUCCCAAACAGGUUUG